GGCUUGCUUUCGAGUCUAGAUGAUGAGAGCGAGUAUAGCAAUACUUCAUUACUCGUUCAGGAUGCCAUGCUUGAUUGAAGCGGUGCGAUGGAGACACGCUCGUUCAAGCGUUACUUCCUCGGGCUAAAACGUUGUGGCUCUGUUAAAGGCAAGAGCCUACGUCUCAUCGCGCACACUUCCUUCCCUAUAUCCAGUAUGCAGCCAUUGCACAGUCGCCCUGGCUGGUACUGCACACACACGUUCCUCACUACUGGAACGUCACCCUGAAACCCUCAUAUCACUGACUUCCGAAUUUCCUACGUCACGAUCUAUAUAUCACGAUAAUAUCCAUCGCCCUUCGAACUCAGAUUCAAACGCUGGCGAACGUUUGCUGUCCAGUUGACAUACUCAUCGUAAUCUGUAACUACCAUGCUUGGGACUUCCGGCGAUGGCUUAAUCACCAAGCUCACCUCGUACCUUACAACCGAUAAAGAAGCAACCCCGAACACUUCUCCUUAUACACCUGAUCAAGAGUGCGAACCUCACCCUGCUUUCGCAACGACAACGCCACAUGAUGCUGAGACAACGAGCAACGAUCGGACUGAAAUGUCAGCGAGCCAACCCUCGAAGGCGAGUUCCAGACGCUCGCUGAAACGAACCGCGAGCGAACUGGUCAUACCAAGUCAAGAACGGGAUGGACACCUGACUGCGAUUGCCGCAUUGGAGGCGGUGCGCUCCAAGGAAGAUGGGCGCCGUACAACCCGUCCGACCCCAUUUCCGACACGAGGCCAGUUACGGCCUUCUCGCCCUAGCUCUCAGCGCUCCAUCAGCAACUCCAGAUACGAACUGAAAUCUCAGUAUCACGAUCCAAACAUCUCAUCUGCGAGUCUCCAGAAGCAACUCGUUGAACAGACAAAGCCCAUGGCCGAGCGGCCUCGAAACCCCGACCCGAAUAAGAGCCAGAUCAACAAGGGUGCAAGGCCAAGUCCCAUCAGAUCUACUGCUAUGCGUUCAAAGUCGGAGCCAGAUCCAGCACGAGCAUUUGCAGAUCCCAAGACGCGCCGUAGCAAUAUGACGCUGAAGCCAUGCAUAAAGAAGAAGGCGAAGAGUACCACAACCACACCACCGACCGGAUUGCGACAGGAAACUACCGACGCCGAGCUCAAGACCCUACGUCGCGUGAAAACGGUCGAUUUUGAAGAGACUGGCUCGAAUCAAUCGCUCUCACUACCCGAGGCGCCCAUCAAGGAAGAAAUCUCGACUCAGACUCUGGCAAGUGAUACUGGAGAGAGCUCCAGGUCGACCGAGGAUCAGACAGAAUCCGUCAAGCCGUGUCCAUCAUGCCCGGACACGAUGAACAUAGCGAAGAGCACUGCGGCAGAACCAGCUACCACGCGGACAGAUGUACACGUCAUCGCCAUCGCUCCUUCGUGGGACGCGCAAGGCGUUACCCAUGAUGACAGCGCCGACCCAGCAACACCCAUCAUGCAAAUCAUCGAGACAAAGAGUGGCAGCUAUGAGGUGAUCUGGGACGAUGUGCCAGAAGAGCACACCAUCAAGACAAGAGGACGACGAAGCUCGUCAGCAAGUCAUGCCUUAGAAACUGCCAGCCCGAGUGCCAAACGUGGUGGCCUGGACCGAGUCAACUCGAAACUCACAGGUUGGUCGGGCACCUGGAACAGCCCGUCAUACAGCUUCAAGCCCACCGUUGUAGUGUUUCCUGAUGACGAUGGGCGGGCUACUCGCUAUGACUGUGCGGUGGACGACGACGAAGACCUGGCAGCGAUAGUACCCCCAAACAGCCGAAUUACAAGCGGGGCGCAUUCUAGCGUCUCAUCACGUCCCGUGAGCGCGCCUCUGACCAGGAGCGUGUCUUGUGAAGAAUCAUCACUUCGGGAUGCCCUUCAAGUGACGCCACCACACGUUCCAGUAGCAGGGUCAUCACCACCCUCCGAGCACUCUCUUGUCGUGCCCAGCGUCGAGAUCCCGCAUAGCAGAGGCAGAAACACGAAGCCAGCACCGAUGAUCCGAAAACUCUCGAAUCUAGAAGAAGCAGAUACCAAGUUCCGCGACCAUCGCGACUCUGUUACGAUCGCGCACUCUCGUAUCGUACAUUCGGGUGGUGUGUCGUCAGAACUGUUUCCUCAUAGGGAUUCUGUUUCGCUGAGAAAGAAGCGCAUGCGCGCACGAAACCACGCCGCAUCGAAAGCACGGUCACCAUCGCGCAGGAAAGAGUUGUCUGUCGAAGCACUCGGACUCUUUACGGACGAGGAUAUCUCGACAGUGACGUUGCCUACCGUCAAGGAGCAUGCUGCACAGGCGCUCAGAAACAGCAGCUCAUCGUCCAUCCUUCACCCACCGCAACAGACUGGUAAUAAACGCCAUAUCCGGAUAGUGGAGUAAGCAAACAUAGCUGAACGGCUGAUGCUGGCUAAGGAGGCGGACCGUGUGUGCGGAUGGGCUGGAUGCAAUAUGGUGGUAGUAUCCUGUAAUUUCGCUCGGAGAACAUCGGUAGCCUGUAGAAUACGACCUCAAUCCGAGUGCGUUGAUCUUGAUCUCCGCGUCUUCGGAGAGGGUGGUCGGUGGUGAUGCCGAAUGGAGUGACAGGUGGUGUGAGCUGGGGAGUGCUUGGCGUGAUUAUCGAUAAAUGCCGAU